AGAGACUGCUAGCCUGUCAAAUUAGUAGACGUCAUGUUUGAAAGUCUUUGGGUGUUUCUUUUCUCUACAGCUUAUUUUGUGGUGGAGUUACAGCCUGUUAACGCUGUUAUGCGCACAAACAAUGCAGUUAAGUCGAGACACGCAUUUCAUGGUGCUUUUGCUCCUGGAGUUGAGUGCGCUCGUGUGCAGUCAGACGCCGCGUCAGGUGGACAUGCGAGAUGGGGAUGUGCAUCGCCUGCCUUGUGAUGCUGAGAAAAAUACUGUAAGGUGCACAUUGUCUGAAGAACAUCUUCAAGGUUCCCAGACAAACCUGCUGGAGGUUGUGGCUGGACAGACGGUUGAAGUUCACUUACUAUCUAACAGUUCUACACAAUGCUUCUGGGAACAAAGAGAGACGUCCGAUUUGCUCUUGUUCGAGUCUUUCGAAAGAGGCAUGGACGGCAGGUACACCGUGAUCUGUGGAGACGAGAAAUCCGCCAACAUCUCAGUCCAUAUUAAUUCAUCAGCAAAGAGACCGUCAGUGCCGCAGCUCACAGUCAUUAGAGGUGAAGAAAACACUGCAUAUCUUCGAUGUGUAUCUAAGGGAAAUCCCAAGCCAACAGUUACAUGGUAUGAAAGUGAAUCACUCCUUCGCAAAGGUCAAGAGGAGAUAAAAAGGACAGAGGAAGAUGUGGCUGAGAGCAAACAAACAAAAGAAUUUUCUCUCUCAAGUAUUAAAUGCUGUGCUACAAACUCACACGGAGAGGAAUGCUCCUAUAUCUAUCACUACGAGCUUGACAACGCCAAGCUGGAAAGGGAAGCUCCUCAGAUUCUGCUGGGUACUGGACAAUCUCUAGCGCUCAAAUGUCAUAAAACUGGCCAAGAUGAACCUGAGCUGAAUUGGUACUUGAACAACAACACAAAGUUGGAAGGAGUACCUACACUGUAUUACAACCAUAAGACGGUGUUUUAUUCCGUCGCCUCGGUUAGCAUGAACGAUAGUGGAGUGUACAGAUGCAAGAGCAGUGUCCAGCAAACCAAAGCCGUAAAGGUUCAGGUCCUUGAAGACGACAUGCUGGAGAUACUGAAGCUGAACAAAAGCAUCACAAUCGAGAAGAAAGACCAGGCAAAUUUCUGCUUCCACACUGACGUGCUCUCUCACCCAAAAGCGCAGUGUCACUGGAUCACCCCGAGCGGCAUGGUAAAGCAGUGCAGUGAAAAGCGGUACCUCUGGGGAGAAAGCACUUUUACGUUGUGUAACCCUGAGCCAGGCCGAUAUCAGAUCCAGCUGAGGGCUGGGAGAAAGGUCAUCACGGAAACCGUGUCCCUCUGUGUGAAAGAUACUCCUAAGGUUCUGCUAUUCCAAGAUCUGGCCCAAAUCACCUGUAUGACCAGAAGUGUCCUUCCUGUUAGUGUAUCCUGGAUGACCUGUCCAUCAAACACUGAUUUUAGGGAUUUUUCAGCAUGGAAAGAGACAUAUACCGAUUCUCCAGAGCACUCAGACUCCGAGCAGUUCUGCCAUAAGGACGUGGUCAUCUCUCGGCCUUUGAGGGACAUGAACGACCAUUUUGUGAAAUGCUGCACUGUUAAUAAUAACAGAGUUUUGUCCUGCAGUGAGCAAAUCCUCGUGAAAAGAUCUUCAGCAAACUCUUUAUUCCUGGUGGUGACCUGCAGCCUGCUUGUCCUUGCCCUCCUGCUGGUCAGCGUCAUCUUGUGUUAUUUCAUCCGCAAAAAAAAGCCUGGUUAUGAGACACAGAUCCAGAUGAUUCAGAUGGUGGGACCGGCCGAUAACGACUACAUCUACAUUGACUUCAAAGAUUGUAAAUAUAACCAGGAACUGGAGUUUCCUCGUGAGAACCUGGAACUGGGGAAAAUGCUGGGCUCUGGAGCUUUUGGCAUGGUCAUGCAGGCUACAGCAUAUGGGAUCAGCAAGCCUGGAGUGUCCAUGCAAGUUGCAGUGAAAAUGCUAAAAGAAAAGCACCAGGCAGUGGAGAAAGAAGCCUUGAUGUCUGAACUGAAGAUGUUAACAUACAUCGGUCAUCAUGUGAACAUUGUGAACCUGCUAGGAGCCUGCACUGGCACAGGUCCCAUUUACCUCAUCUUUCAAUUCUGCCGUUAUGGAGACCUGCUGAAUUACCUGAAGAACAAGAGAGAACACUUCUACAAGUCCUUAACGGACGCGUUCAACAAGGAGAGAUUCAGCAGCCUGUACAACUAUCAGCGGAAGAGAAACUCCAGUAGCUUUGUUCAGUCUGAUGAUAACCCGUACAUGCCCAUGGCUCCGGUCAACAGGGAACAGGAAGCGCUGCUCAGCUCCACAGACACUAACGAGGAUCCAUUUCAAAAGGAAGAUGAUGAUGACCCUCAGACACUCACCUAUGAAGAUCUCCUCAGCUUCUCCUACCAAGUGGCUAAAGGCAUGGAGUUUCUGUCCUUGAAAAAUUGUAUUCAUCGAGACCUAGCAGCCAGAAAUAUCUUAGUGACCCAGUACAGGCUGGUGAAGAUCGGUGACUUUGGUCUGGCACGGGACAUCGAAAAUGACUCAAACUAUGUGGUGAGAGGAAACGCUCGAUUGCCGGUGAAGUGGAUGGCCCCGGAGAGUAUUUUUAAAGGAUUGUACACCAUGCAGAGUGAUGUCUGGGCCUAUGGGAUCCUGCUCUGGGAGAUCUUCUCUCUUGGUGUGACUCCGUAUCCUGGUAUAAAAGUGGAUAAUACCUUCUACACCAUGAUCGACAGAGGCUUUCAGAUGGAGCGCCCUUAUUACGCCUCUGAGUCUGUGUAUAAGAUGAUGAGCCACUGUUGGGCUCCGGAACCCAAAGACAGACCCAGUUUCACCAGACUCGUGGCUUUCAUGGAGCACCAGCUGAGUGAUGCUGAAGAACAGCUCUAUUAUAAUCUCGAAGGAAAGCAAAACAGUGACUCCAUGUACCGGAAUGCUCUGGUGACCUCGGAACAACAGGAAACAGUAAGAGAAGACACAGAUCUGUCAGCAGGGUCAGAAUCGUCCUGCGACACUGAAAUCUCCCAGUCAUCGAGAAGCGUGCAAUCAAAUACUUACCUUUAAUAAACCGCACACUUCUGCGGUCAGGACCGUCAGCGCCAGGGCGGGGCCGUGGUUCAAAAACCCAUUUCUAUAAUACACAACAUUUAUCAGGAUAUUACGGUCUGCUCACAAGCUAACAGCAAUACAGGAAGUUUAGCAUUUUCAAAAAGGUUUCUAGAUUUCUAGACUGUCUAAAAAAUAGAUUUAUCGAAUUUGUAAUAACUUUUAUAUAAAAUUAAUUAAAAAAAUUAAAAAAAAUAAGUAAAUAAAAAUAAUGUUUAAAAAAGAGAAAAAAAUACUAAUAGGAUUUUUUUAUUUUAGAAUUUUAAAGAAAUACAAACUUUUAACAUGAAAUCAAAUGCUUCCAGUUUAUUAUUAAUCUUUUAUACUCUCAUAUGUGUAUAUUCAAGGCAUUUGAUGAUAUAGUCAUGGUUUUAAAUCAUCAUUUUGGGAGUUUUCACUGUAACAAGGCCUGAGUCUGUAAUAGUUGUUGGAUGAAUGCGAACAGUUUGUAUAUUUGCUCUGCUUCAUUUCAAUAAACCCAGAUGCAGUGCUUCGUUCAAGAAUUGUCAA